AUGACCGCCUAUGAGGGCAACAGCUUCAGUGUGAAGUUCAACCAGAGCGGCGUGCGCGUGCUGGUGGACCCCUGGCUGAUAUCAGACCUGACGUUCUUUGAGCAGGGCUGGGCGUACCGCGGCCGCAAGAAGGUGCUGGGGCCCGGCCGCGUCAACGUCGAUGAGGUCGCCGGGGAGACUGACGUCAUCCUGCUGUCACAGUACCUGGACGACCACACCCACAUGCCCACCCUGGAGCGCCUGCCCAAGACUAUCCCCGUCAUAGCGCAGCCCGAGGCCGCCGCCCGCAUCGCGCCGCUGGGGUUCAAGGACGUCACGGCAAUCAAGCCCGGCCAGGAGCUGCCGAUCGCAGGCGGCCGCCUGCGCGUGCGCGCGACGGCGGGCGCGCUGGUGGGGCCGCCGUGGAGCGCGCGGCAGAACGGAUUUUGA